GCGCGCGCGCAAAGGCACCCGCGCGAGAGCAUUCGUUUUGAUGCGACAGGAGCAGCGCCGCACGCCCCCCGGUUCUUCUCCGCCGCGCGAGGGGAGGGAACCAGCGACGUCGUUGUCUCGCCCCGCCGUGAUCGAGAGAUCGAUAUGGACUUCCUGGGAGUCUUCUCGCCGGCGGCCGCCGCGACAGCGUGUAACGCCCACGGAGCCGCGCCGCGCGAGGUUCACCUGAAGCGGCCGCUUCCGGCGGUGCUGCCCGAUCAUAGGCAGGUGCACGCCGCCGCGCGUGCGCUACAACCGCCGCCACAAAGCACCAGCGUCGUCGUGGACGAACGCAUGCCGCCGCCGGUCGCCGCCACCACCGCCACAGGCCUGACCUUACAAGUUUCUGGAGGAGGUCAUGACGUCGCUUCACUGGCUACUAGCCCAAGGAGAAUGGCCGUGUCUGAAAUAAAUGAUCAGCUGACGAUUUUCUACGCUGGCUCUGCACUUGUAUUUGACAACAUUACUAGAGAGAAGGCUGAGGAGAUUAUGUUCUUCGCUGCAAAGACGACUCCGGUUACAGGAGGCAGACCUGCUCGUCAUCAGCAGCUGCAGUUACCAUCAGCCGAACCUGCGUACCCGAACAAAAGGCAGAGGACAUUCUGGGAUCAGGCCCAUGAGCAUGAUUCUGGUGGUUUGUUCAUCCACGGGAACAGCACCAGUUCUUGUUCACAGCAUCUGAGCCCAGAGAGUGGGCAUGCCAUUAUCGAGACUAAUCCAUGCUCGCCGCCAAUCCAUAUCGUGCCUGGAGAUGCUACGAUGCCGGUGAGGAAUGCGUCCCUUAUUAGCUUCCUGGAGAGACGCAAGCAGAGGUGGCGUGGGAAAACCUACACCAAUCUGUACUCCAUUUUUCAGUUGGCAAGUACAGCAGUGGCUUGCCCUCGCCGUGAGAAAUCUCCUACGGCUCCCCCACGGAAGAGAAACCCACCUGGCAACAUGGAACAGCAAUGGGCUUUCACGGACGCGAUGAACAUGAAUGGAGAUCAUGACGAAGUAGAGGCACUGGACACUGAGUUGAGGAUCUAGCCGCGAAGUUUUGGAUUCAGUUUUGCGGCACGGCAACCUCUUGCUAACCCGGCAGGCACAAGUUUUGGACUCGGUCAGGUGGAGUGAUGAACCGUCUGAGUAGAAACUUAGUGGUGCAUUCGGUAGCUAGCAAGAGCUUCUUUAGUUUAAUUAUUAUGAGUUUCUGAUGAAUUUUUUUGAGUGCAGUAAUGAUGUUUACUCGCAGUUUCACAUGAAACCGAGACAUCGUCACCCUUUUCUACUUCUCAUUGACGGAAGAAGAGGUUUUCGGAUUGUAACCAAGGAUUUUUCAUCCUGAAAUAUAAAUUGCCAUUUUGUCUAA